AUGCUCGCAGCAGAAGCGUACGCGGGCUUGGCCAAGCGAGAACAAUGCUCUACGAGCAACGAGUUUGACGGGCGGGAAGGCCUGCGCGUCGGCGCCCUGUUCGUGAUCAUGGCGUCGUCCGCGCUGGGUGCGUUCUUCCCUAUCAUGGCGUCGAAUUACAGCGCGGUGAGCCUGCCGGACUGGUGCUUUUUCGUGGCCAAGUUCUUUGGCUCGGGCGUCAUCAUCGCGACGGGCUUUGUGCAUUUGCUGCAGCCGGCCAACGAGGCGUUGACGGACCCGUGCCUGACUGGCACGUUCCAGGACUACCCGUGGGCGUUCGGAAUCUGUCUCAUGUCGCUGUAUGCGAUUUUCUUGGUGGAGAUUGUGACGCACCACAUGCUCUCGCGCGUGGCGCCGGCCUAUUCUGCCACGGAAGCCCGCGCGCACAGCGGUUCCGACGCAACCUGCAUGGACGACGAGCUCCGGCUUUCAGAGCUGCAGGACCUGCGCUCCAAGCCACAAGAGAUGUCGAAGCCGGGAUCCGAUGGCGACGCCGUCUACCAAGAAGCUCACCGCGUGCUCAGCGCAUCCAGCAGCACGGUCACGGAGGGCUUUCUCAGUCAGGUUGUGACUGUGUUCAUCCUUGAGUUCGGCGUCAUCUUCCACUCUGUUUUUAUCGGUCUCUCGCUCGCGGUGUCUGGCAGCGAGUUUAUCACGCUCUUCAUUGUUCUGAUCUUCCAUCAGAUGUUCGAGGGUCUCGGUCUGGGCACCAGAAUCGCAGAAAUUUCGUGGCCGGCUAACAAAAGAUACACGCCCUGGAUCCUAGCGCUCGGGUUCAGUAUAUCUACGCCCAUCGCCAUCGCCAUCGGCUUGGGCGUCAGGCAUUCGCUUUCCACAAACUCAAGGUCGGGACUCAUCGCCAAUGGCUGUUUUGACGCCAUUUCAUCAGGUAUUCUGAUUUACACCGGGCUGGUCGAGCUAAUGGCCCACGAGUUCAUUUUUUCCAGCCAGUUCAAGGGUCCUGGCGGUCUCAAAAAGAUGCUUUUCGCCUUCACAAUGAUGUGCGCCGGCUCUGGACUGAUGGCGCUUCUCGGCAGAUGGGCUUAG